AUGUCCUUCACAAAGGGCAAAACUAACAAGGAUAAAGCCAAUAGAGCCACUGUGGAGAAUGUUUUGGAUCCAAGAACGAUGAAAUUUUUAAAGGCUCUGACUAGUAGAGGUGUUAUUUCUGACUUUAAUGGUUGUUUAAGUACUGGGAAGGAAGCUAACGUUUAUCAUGCCUUUGCAGGUGAUUCAAAAUUACAUUCCGAUGAUACCGACGAGCCACAUGAUGAUAAUAAUAUUGAUGAAGAAGCAUUAAAGGAGAAACUAGAGACUCAAAUAAACCCAGAAGAGACUAGACUGCAAAAGGAUAAAAAGGAAUAUGCCGUUAAAAUUUUUAAAACAUCUAUAUUGGUGUUUAAAGAUCGUGAAAGAUACGUUGAUGGUGAAUUUCGUUUCCGGAAUUCAAGAUCUCAACAUAAUCCAAGAAAGAUGAUUAAAAUUUGGGCUGAAAAGGAAUUCCGUAAUUUAAGAAGAAUAUAUCAAAGUAAUGUCAUUCCUGUUCCCAAACCAAUCGAAGUUAAAAAUAACGUUCUUAUAAUGGAAUUCUUAAACCGUGGUGAUGGAUUUGCAUCUCCUCGACUAAGAGAUUAUCCAUAUAAAGAUAGAGAGGAAGUAAUUCAUUAUUAUCAUAUAGCGAUAGCGUACAUGAGAUUAAUGUAUCAAGUUUGUCGUUUAGUCCAUGCGGAUCUUUCAGAAUAUAAUAUUUUGAUCCAUAAUAAUUUGAUGUAUAUCAUUGAUGUUUCUCAAAGUGUGGAACCAGAACAUCCAAUGAGUUUAGAUUUCUUAAGAAUGGAUAUUAAAAAUAUUAAUAUGUAUUUUGACAGGAUGGGUAUUGAUAUUUUCCCCGAGAGAGUCAUCUUUCAGUUCAUCAUAUCUGAAACAUUAGAUAAAUUCACCGGCAAUUACAAUGAUUACAAUGAUCUACGUGAUUAUGUAGCCAAAACCUUACCGAUCAAGAAAACAGCUCAAGAUGAAGCGGAGGAUGAGAUUUUUAGAUCAUUAUACCUGGUAAGAAAUUUGGAAGGAUUGGAGGAAAGAGAUUUUGAUAGGUAUACAGAUGGUAAAUUUGAUUUAUUAAAAAGUUUAAUUGCUCAUGAUAAUGAAAAGAACUUUUCUGCUGCUGAACAAUUUGAGAUACAAGAUGAUGAUGAAGAAAUAGUGCUAUCGGAUAACAACGAUGAAGAAGACACAAGUGCUGAUUCUGAUGAAAGUGAUAGUGAUGAUGAAGGCUAUGAAUCGGAAGAGAAGGUACUUAAAGGUAAGAAACACGAAGAUAAAGAUGAAAAGAAACAAAGAAAGCAAGAUGCGAAAGAUGCCAAAAGAGAGAAGAGAAAAACCAAAGUGAAGAAACAUAUUAAGAAAAAGUUGGUGAAGAAGACUAAAUCGAAGAAAUAG